AAAAGAGUUAUUCCUCAAAGUAUUUUGGUGAAAAUUUCUCUUCUCAGAUUCACAAUCUCGUGCAAAGUCCUGCCGCUGCCGCCUGCGUACAAUCUCUCCCUCAGCCACUCCUUCCGACGACCAACAGUAUUCGACCAGAGACUUUGUUGGUUUUUCCCUGGUGUUUCUAGGGAUUCGACGAGAGGAACAAGAGCUCCGGCCGCCACUCGUUUCCCUGUCUUUCGCUUACUCAAUUCCAGUUUAAGGUGAUAGAAUGAAGAAGGAACCAGAAAUAAAGAUUGCAAAGUCAAGCAAACUUAAAUUAGACAACGGAGACAGUGAUGAUCAAGAUCAAGAAUUGUCCUCAGAAUAUGAAGAACUAGAAAAAGAGAUUGAGAGAGAGCUUGCAGAAGUUACAUUUGAGGAACUACAGAAGGCCCGCUCAGAUGGAUCGGAGGUCCUGUAUAUGAGACCCCCAGCGGAGGAAAAGAGUGGCCGGCGUAACAAAAACAGGCCAAUGGAGAUGAGUAGCAAGACGCCGGUUGGCCGGUUUAGAGAAGUUGUUCAAGUGUCUAAAAAGGUUGUUCGUGACCCUCGCUUUGAAACAUUGUGUGGAAAUCUUGAUGAGGAAGGAUUUAAGAAGAGAUACAAGUUUCUUUAUGAAAAUGAUCUUCCAGCUGAAAGAGAGGAUCUAAAGAAACAGAUGACGGAAACCAAGGACCCAAAGGUCAUUGAUGAAAUAAGUAGUCGUAUAGCUUGGAUUAAUAAGCAAUUGAAAUCUUCUUCAACAAGGAAUACAGAAAAAGAGAUUCUGUCUGAACACAAGAAAAAACAGAGAGAGGCAGCAAAACAAGGGAAGCAACCAUUUUAUCUUAAAAAAUCGGAAAUACGAAAGCUCAAAGUUAAAGAGAAAUACAAGGAACUCAAGGAAUCCGGGAAGCUUGAGUCUUUUAUCGAGAAGAAGAGACGAAAAAAUUCUGCAAAGGACCACAGGUACAUGCCAUACCGGCGUUCUGAAGAAUAAGGGUAACAGUGAAAUGGUGAGUCUGUUUAGCCAUUUUCGGAGGGUUGAUUUGAGUCGAAAUGUCGAAUUCUUACCUUGGAUCCUUGGUUGCUACUACCUUUUGUUGAGGGCUAUUUAUGAUCUUAGAAAAUCUUUGACAAUUUGUAGUGACUUGUGUACCUUUUCAAGUGUUUGUUUUUUUUGACUAAAUGGUACUCCUUCCAUCCCACCUCCAAUGAGACUUGCAAAGUUAAAGGGUC